UCUUCUAUCGAUCAAAUUUUUAUUUUAUUAUUUUUUUGAAAAAUUUGCCAAUAUUGAAAUUUUGCCAAAUUAAAAUCAAGGAUAAUGGAUUUUAUGAAAGAUAUGGUUAAAAAUGUGACCAAAGGAGGUGGGGCAACAGAUUUUGUUGGUGAUAUGGCAUCAAAAUUUAUUCAAGGAGCAACUGGUGGGAGUGGACAAUAUCAAAAUGGACCUAAUGCUGGACAACAAGGGAGUUAUGGAGGAAAUCAAAAUAUUGGAAAUCAAGCCGGUGGAGGAAAAGGAAUUUUAGGUGGUUUUGAUGUAAGCAAAAUGAUUCAAAGCGUUCUUAAAGAUGGGAAAAUUGAUCCUUCUCAAUUGUUUAAAUCUAGUGAAGGAAUAAGUUCCAUGGCUACUGCUCUUUUAGGUAAUUCUGGCGUCGAUAUUGGAUCUUUGGCUGGAGAUGUUACUAACAAAUUGCUCGGAGGAGGGCCUCUUGGUGGCUUUGCAUCUGGACUUGUUAAAUAUGCACUUAGAAGAACAUUAAAAAAAGCAACGCGUAAACCGCAAGGUCCGUUCGCUGAUCAGCCCAUUUACGGAGGGGUGGAUCUACCUAAACCGGUAGUGAAAUUACCCGAAGUUUCGGUCUCCAACGGCAAAACCUUCCAACAAAUCAAGCAGCAAUGUUUACAACGGGGAGUCCUCUGGGAGGACCCUGAUUUUCCCGCUAACGAUUCCUCCUUGUUCUUUAGCAAGGCAGCGCCUAGGAGAUUUCAAUGGAAACGACCUAAGGAAAUAUGUCCUAAUCCUAAAUUAAUUGUCCAGGGAGCUUCAAGAUUCGACGUAAUACAAGGAGAAUUGGGAGAUUGUUGGUUGUUAGCGGCCGUCGCUUGCCUGUCUCUGAAUACUAAGCUUAUUCAACGAAUCGUUCCUGCCGAUCAAGGUUUCGCCCCAGGCGAUUAUGCUGGAAUAUUCCAUUUCAGGAUUUGGCAAUACGGAAGAUGGAUCGAUGUAAUAGUCGAUGAUCGAUUACCAACAGCUGACGGACGCUUAGUUUUCAUGCACUCGGCAGACAACACCGAAUUCUGGAGCGCCCUCCUGGAAAAAGCUUAUGCCAAAGUAAAUGGCUCUUACGAGGCCCUGAAAGGUGGGAGUACUACAGAAGCUAUGGAAGAUUUUACAGGAGGUAUAACGGAGUAUUACGAUUUAAAGGAAGUUCCCAAGAAUAUAUUCUCUAUCCUUUACAAGGCUAAUCAGAGGUCUUCUCUUAUGGCGUGUUCUAUAGAACCCGAUCCGCGUAUCAUGGAAGCUAAAUUACCAAAUGGAUUGAUAAAGGGACAUGCCUACAGUAUCACCGAUGUUAAAAUGGUCGAAACCAAGCAAGGUAAAGUAUGCUUGAUAAGGAUGAGAAAUCCUUGGGGCAACGAGGCUGAAUGGAAUGGACCAUGGAGCGACAAAUCUUCAGAAUGGCAAUAUACGUCGGCUGAAGAGAGGCAACGACUUGGCUUAGUUUUCAAGGCCGACGGUGAAUUUUGGAUGUCCUUGAAAGACUUUAUGAGUAAUUUCCAAAAGAUAGAAAUUUGUCAUUUAACUCCCGAAGCUUGUGAGGCAAUUUGGUGCGAAACCGCUAAUCCUAACACUGCUGCGUAUAAAAAGUGGGAAGUAAAUCUUCAUAACGAUUCUUGGGUCAAAGGAGCCAACGCGGGGGGCUGUAGAAAUUUUAUAGACACAUAUUGGCUCAAUCCUCAAUAUGGCGUGACUCUCAAGAUAGUUGAUGAUGGGGAAGGCGAAAAUUUGUGCACUUGCAUAGUCGGACUCAUGCAGAAAAACCGAAGGCAACAACGCAAAAUAGGGGCCGAUCUUUUAACCAUAGGAUUCGCAAUAUAUAAUGUUAAAUCUUCUCUGGACACCGUAGAACCCCUUCCAAAACAGUUUUUCGUGUACAAUCAGAGCGUUGCUCGCUCGCCAACUUUUAUUAACCUCCGGGAAAUAACCGGAAGAUACAAAUUGCCGGCCGGCUCAUAUGUUAUAAUUCCAUCCACUUUCGAACCGAAUCAGGCUGGGGAAUUCAUUCUGAGAGUCUUUAGCGAAAAACCCUUCGACGGAAAUGGAUUGGACGAAGAAACUGGUGUUGAUCCGCUGAUGUCCGAAAAGAUACCGGAACAAGUGGUCCAAACUGAGCAAGAUCAGGAAAAAAUGAUGAAAGAUUAUUUCGAUAAGAUAGCUGGAGAAGAUUUGGAAAUUACUCCUUAUGAGCUGCAAGAUAUUCUUAACUUUGCCAUGAAAAAAGAUUCGAAUGAGGGCUUUUCUCUCGAGACAACCAGAAGUAUGGUCGCUAUGAUGGACUACGACAAAUCUGGCCAAUUGGGUUUAUCAGAAUUUAUGGAUUUAUGGAAAUCUAUCAAAUUAUGGAAAGCUAUUUUCAAACAAUUCGAUCGCGACAAUUCGGGAACCCUUAAUUCUUACGAACUUAAGGACGCUUUCCAUUCCGUGGGUUACAAACUAAAUUCUAACGUAUUUAAAUCCAUGGUUUUGAGAUACAGAAACAAGGAAAAUCAAGUUUCCUUCAACGAUUUUAUAAUGUGUGCCAUCAAGCUUAAAGGCAUGAUCGAAAAGUUUAGAGCUUAUUGCACGGAAGAUGGGCUAGCAGAAUGCGAUUUAGAUGAAUGGUGCCAUACUACACUGUACGCUUAAACAAUCUAAUAAUGGAUGCAAAUCCGAGCAGAUAUUCUCCUGUAUAAAAAAUUUUUUUAUUGCAAUAUAUAUAUUUGUUAAAUAAUACCUUAUGAACAUUUAGAUCCAUAUAUACAAUCUCCAAAUAGUGACAAAUACAACUUUAUUACUAGUCGCAUAUUUAUAUUAUAAUAUAUUAUACAUUAUUUUAUUCGUAUUUAAUUGUGCCAAUCAUGAAUAAAUAUAUUGC